ACCACUUUGUGAAAUCUCAAGAAACAACAAAAGCAACAACAAAAAAAAAAAAGACGUAACAUUUUGGGGACAAAACAAAGAAACAAAGAAUGGAACUCAUUGGUGUGUUAUGUUCAUUGCCAUUUCUUCCAUUGAUUAUUUUUCUCUUAUUUUCUUUCCCACUUUCUCUCUCUUUCUCGGGAAAAUCUUACGAAAAGAGGAUGAAGAAGAAGCUGUCUUUGCCGCCGGGGACAAUGGGUUGGCCGUACGUCGGCGAGACCUUCCAGCUUUACUCUCAAGACCCCAAUGUCUUCUUCACUUCCAAGCAGAAAAGGUACGGAUCGAUCUUCAAGACCCAGAUCCUGGGAUGCCGGUGCGUGAUGGUGUCGAGCCCGGAGGCGGCGAAACUCGUGCUGGUGACGAGGUCCCAUCUGUUCAAGCCGACAUUUCCGGCGAGCAAGGAGAGGAUCUUGGGGAAAGACGCCAUCUUCUUCCACCAGGGAGAGUAUCACUCCAGGCUCCGACGGGUUCUUCUCAGAGCUUUCACGCCUCUCUCCAUCAGGGAGAUGGUCCCCUGCGUUGAGUCCAUCGCCGUUGAUUCCCUCAGGGUCUGGGAGGGGAGAACGCUCCUCAAUACUUUCCACGAGAUGAAGACGUACACAUUCAACGUGGCACUACUUUCUAUAUUUGGAAAGGAUGAGAUUCUAUACAGAGAAGAUCUGAAAAGAUGUUAUUACAACCUCGAGAAAGGGUACAACUCAAUGCCCAUAAACCUGCCCGGAACGCUGUUGGCUCGGAUCCUGACCCGUAUCAUCUCGACGCGUCGACUCACCGGUUUCCGAGGGCACGACCUCCUCGGAUCGCUUAUGGCCGACGACCAGAUCGGUCUGACCGAUGACCAGAUCGCCGACAAUGUCAUCGGCGUUAUCUUCGCGGCUCGUGACACGACCGCGAGCGCUCUCACGUGGAUCCUCAAGUACCUGGCGGAGAAUUCCGCUGUCUUACAAUCUGUUAUGGAAGAGCAAGAGGAGAUAGCGAGGAGCAAAGAAGGGAAGCUUCUAAGUUGGGAAGACACCAAGAAAAUGGCAAUGACUUGCAGAGUUAUCCAAGAGACACUGAGAGUUGCUUCCAUUCUCUCCUUCACCUUUAGAGAAGCUGUUGAAGAUGUUGAAUUUGAAGGAUAUCUUAUACCAAAAGGAUGGAAAGUUCUGCCUCUCUUCAGAAACAUUCAUCACAACUCCAAAAAUUUCCCCGAUCCAGAAAAAUUCGACCCAUCAAGAUUCGAGACGACACCGAGGGCCAACACGUUUAUGCCAUUUGGCAACGGCUCUCAUUCAUGCCCGGGAAACGAGCUAGCCAAGCUUGAAAUAUUGGUCCUCUUGCACCAUCUCACCACCAAAUACAGAUGGUCCAUCGUGGGCGACAACGACGGGAUUCAGUACGGCCCUUUUGCACUUCCUCAGAAUGGAUUGCCCGUUAGAUUAACACUCAAGUCAUAGACCUCAAAAAAAAAAAAAAAAAAAUUACAGCAAGGAUGGAUUGCUUCGCUCUUCAACAACAUCAGCAUCGUCUUAAUCCCGAGUUCGUUUGGGUCCGGUGUUUCGGUCUUCACUCUGCGGAAGAUCAACGAUUGCUAAGUGAUGUCUCGAUCGAAAUAACGGAUCGUCGGGUGAUAAAGAUUGCAAACCGUUGAAUGGAAGAACCCGAAAAUCGGGUUUUUUUCUUCUUAGAUUUAGAUUAAAAAAUCUCUACAUCUUUUGUAUUUUGUUCUCUUCUGAUUCUUGUGAAUGUAUCAGUGUCAAGUCCGCAAGGCGAGUGUAUAGAUAUAAAUGUAGUAUUGUGUCCGCUCCAUUUUGCAUUCA